AUGAAUACCUACGAGCUGAAUAAGGUCUUCGGCGCGAUUCUCUUUGCGGGUUUGACCGCGAUGACGGCGUGGCUCAUCUCGCUCGCGGCCUAUGGCAAACUCGAGCAUGGUCACCACGAGCGGGUGAUCCAUUACGAGGUCGCCGGCCUCGAGCAGGACGACGCCAUGCACGACGAGGCGGAGGCCGACGAGCCCGAGAUGCCGGCGAUGUCUGUGGCGGAACUGCUGGCCGACGCCGACCCCGCCAAGGGGCAGCGGGUGUUCAAGAAAUGCGCCGCCUGCCACACCGCGGACGAAGGCGGCAAGAACAAGAUCGGGCCCCAAUCUCUGGAACAUCAGGGUGUCUGGGAUUUCGAGCGUCUGAGCAUAUUCAUCGCCGAUCCCAAGGGCACCGUGCCGGGCACCAAGAUGGCCUUCAAGGGGGUCUCCAAGGACGGCGAUCGCGGCAACGUCCUCGCCUAUCUCCGCUCCUUCAGCGCGACGCCGGCGGACCUGCCGACCGAAUAG